GUGUGUGGCGGCAGGUAGCCCGAGUGCGCAUGCGUGGCGUGGCCAUGUCGGGUCCGUUCGAGGAGCGCAGCGGUCUGGUGCCGUGCGUGGCUCCCUGGGGCCGCUGGUACCAGACCAUGGAGGAGGUCUUCGUGGAGGUGGACGUCCCGCAGGGCACCCGCUCCAGGGAGGUCGCCUGCAGCCUCAAGAGCCGCCACCUCUCCCUCGCCGUCGCCGGGAAGGACGUCCUCAAGGGCAAACUCUUUGAUUCUACAAUAGCUGAUGAAGCAACAUGGACACUAGAGGACCAGAAACUGAUACGAAUUGUCUUAACAAAAACUAACCGUGAUGCUGGAAACUGUUGGAGUUCCUUGCUGGAGAAUGAAUAUGCUGCUGAUCCUUGGGUCCAGGACCAAAUGCAAAAGAAACUUACUCUGGAGAGGUUCCAGAGAGAGAACCCUGGAUUUGACUUCAGUGGAGCAGAAAUUUCUGGGAACUAUAGUAAAGGAGGGCCAGACUUCUCCAGUCUUGAAAGAUAGCCCAUGCUUUUGGCUGUAUUUCUAGAACUAAAACAAAAAAGUAAUAUAAUGCAGUCAAUAAAAACUCAUCUGUGAGAGCAGGCAUUGGCUUACUCAUUCUCAUCUUUAAACCACAACAUGAGAAAAGGUUUUAUUAUUUUAGCAUGUGCUAAUGCAGCAAUGAAAAAUAAACACCUGACAUAUAUAUAUGCAAAUCAGUGUUAUGUGUACACUGUCACUGCUUACCAAGACUACGGACACAUUUUCAAUUAAUGUAAUUUUUAAAAUAUGGUAUAAAUUUAAUUGUUUUUGAACCAGCAAGAAGUUGUUUUUGAAGAGCUAUGAGUGUAUAAUUCUUUGAAAAGUGGGAUACUUCUACUUACAGUAAAUGUUUCUGGAUCUGAUAGGUUAGUAAACUGAGGCUUGAAAUGACAACAGUGCUUCUUUGCAGAUGUACUAUGCCCUGGCAUAAAGACACAUUUUUAAAGGCUACAAUUUCUUGUAAACAUCAACAAUACUUGCCAUCUUGUUCAGAUGCUGUUUAAAACCUCUCCAGUCAAAAUGAGUGUGAUUCACAUGGAAGGAGCCUCACAAAUCCAGUAGUGCUAAAAUGUGGUACAGUGACAGUUUUGUGCCAAAUUCCACCGUAAACACAAUUUUGAAUGAAAACAAAAUCAAGUUGCAGUGUUGCACAUAAUAAUCUAGAAGUAAUAACUGUUCUAGGAAACAUAAAGACUCCAGAUAUUACCGAACCUCAUGUACUGUGAUCACCCAGCAGUAGCUGUGCUUGUUAGGGCUGAUGAAUGUUACAGCCCAAUAAGAACUGUUCCCCAGUCCUGAUCUGAAGGUUAGGCAAUUGGGUAUCCUUCAGAUGCUUUGGACUGCAACACUCCUAAUCCUUCCUAGCAUUUAAGAAGGUUGUAGCCAGAACAGUGAGAGAGCACCCAGUUGUUCUUAGGUCUUUAUUUCAAUCCAGUAAAGUGGUUUGUUGAAAGGUGCAGUAACCCCAAUAUAUUUGUAGUGGCCUCUUCUGUGCAACUCAGGUUUGAGGAUGGGAUUUAACUGCUUUGGUCUUUGCUGGUUGAUGAGAUUUUUUUUUAAAAAAAAAAAACACCUUCAUUUGAGCAGCAGUGCAUUCUUCCCUCCCUAUGGUAGAUAGCAAAUUGAAUUUCAACACAUAGGAGUUUCAAAAGCAGCCAGUAUCUCAUGCUUUUGUUUGAGAAAUACUGGUAUAAAUAAAGUCCUCUUGAAUAGAACUAGGCCUGCAUUUUUCUAAUUGCUUGAAUCUGGUCAUACUCUGAGGUCUGUAAAAUUAAAUACAGCUACUGUAUUUAAAACAGUAUUUUUAUGUAAAGUUAGAAGAAAAUAUUUAUUUCCUAGGCAGUUAGGAAAUGUUUAGAUGAAAUUGAAUUAUAAUAGGUUCUGAAAUCUGGUAAACACAAACUUGUUUGUAGCUCAGAUAACAGUUGUAUUUGUAUAUACACACAAUGAUCUGAAUAAAUUUUAAUUUUAGUUUGUCUGA